GUUUACGCAGCGAUUUGUCGCAUUUGCUAUCGAUAAUAUGGUGGGCGUUCAUUGAUAAAAAUUGUAGAACAUUAACAAAAAAAAAAAGUAAAACUUUAGAAAAAUUGCAACUUUAAGGACGCGAGGUCAGCACAAAAGUGUUGCAAACAUGGCUGAACUUAAGGCACCAUCGCUGCAAUCACUAUUGGAAUCGGAACGCGGCUCCACAGACAGUUUACAGCUGGAUUUGGAAUUCGAAGAUCUCGAUGAUGUGGAGUUUGCCAUACCGCCCACCGAUGUGCUGCCAACACUAGAAACGGUGCUCAGUGAAUUCGAGGCUGACUCCGAUGUUGCAUCCGAGCUGGGCGUUCCUAUACCUCGCGCCACGCCAACGCCAUCUAUCGGCGAGGAGUGUGGACUACGUGGCGGCGGCGGCUCAGGCUCCAUUAUGCGCUACACUUUACUCCAUGGCAUCUCGUCACAACUCGCCUCGGCUGCGGAGCGAGUGAAUGCAGGCACAGCGAGCGCUUGUGCGGUGGCUGCUUACAUUGCGGUAGGCACCUCGCAUGGCCACAUACUCAACUUUGAUGUGACGCAAACGCUGCGUUGGGCACAUCAGGAUAAACACAGUCAGGGUGCUGUCUCCAGUCUGGCCUUCAAUGCGGACUCCACGCGUUUGCUGGCUGGCUUUGCUCGAGGUCUUGUGGCCAUGAUUGACACCCAAUCGGGCGAUGUGCUGCGCGAGCUAAACGAUGUCAUCACACCAAACACCGGAGUUCUGCAUGUCAAGUGGACUUCACGCUCCUCGCUGGCACUCUGUGCCGAUGCCGGCGGCUCGGUGUGGUCGCUAAGCUUCACUCGGAAACUUGGAAUACGCGGCUGCAGCUCACGCUGCUUAUUCUCGGGCGCCCGAGGAGAAGUCUGCGCCGUGGAGCCGCUGAUUAUGGAUGUGCAGGGUCGCCACGAACUGGAUCAGUAUUGCAUAGUUGCCCUGGCCACACUGUCCAAGUAUUUCAUUGUCACAGUGCGUCCAAGAUUACGUGUCAUCAAAUAUCAUGCGCUCCAAGGACCCGCAGAUUGUUUGCCGCUGCUCGCCUGGCAUCUGGUGUUGAUUCAAGCUGCGGACACAAGUCGCUCGGUGGAUCCCGUCAUCGUUGUGGGUCGUGGCAAUCAGUUGUUCUUCCAUCAGUUGUUUGUGGCCAACGGACGCAUCACUUUGCUGUAUUUGCGCCAUGUCCAGCUUCACAGCAGCCUUCUGUCCGCCCAUUGGUUGGGUCCCAAGUGCGUCGCCUCGCUGGACACCGCGGAGAUUCUGCAUCUGGUGGAUGUGCGCUCUAGUCGUGAGCUGGAGUGUAUGGAUAUGGCAAAUGCGGGACUCGUUUAUGGCUCGGCGCAGUUUAAGGGCAUCGCCACGGGCGGAAAUGUGUCACCCGCCUUUGCUUUAGCGGGCACGAAUGCCUGCUACAAUUCCGUGGUCUCUCGAGGGACACAGCUCUAUGUGCUCGGUGCGCGUUCGCUGCACAUCAUUGGCGUGCGCACCUGGUCGGAACGCAUCAGCUAUUUGGUAAAGAACCAUCGUUGGCAGGAAGCCUGUCAGCUGGCACUCGAUGGCUAUGUGGCCUCCACCGAUCGUCCGCGUAAGAGAGCCCAGGCCAAGGAGCGCAUCAUCAUGCUGUUCAAGGAGUACAUUGCCAACUCUGCCCGUGCGCCCGAUUAUUGUCUGGGUGCCAUUGUCAAUUGCCUGAUUACAGUUGGAGAACUGGAACUGCUGUGGACGCAACUAUGGGAACGUUUACACAACAACACCGAACUCUUUCUGCAGCAUAUCUCGGAGCACAUUGAACAAGAGCAUAUAAACAACGUUAAUCCGGUGAUAUCACAAGCGUUAGUUGAUUACUGGCUGCAACAUUCGCCUGCCAAGUUGGAGCAGUUGAUUCUGAAGCUAGACUGGAUGUGCCUGGACUUGAAUCAAGUACUUAAAGCUGUGAAGCGAUAUCGUUUAUAUCGCGCGCAACUUUAUCUGAAUGCCUGCGCCUUAAAUGAUUACACAGCGGCGCUGACGGAACUGUUGCUGGACUUGACGCCAGAGCAAACGGACUUGGGCAACUGUCUGCUUGUUUAUGUAUCCAGUUGCUUGGCAGGACGACGCUUUCCCAGCGGUGAUAUACCUGCUGAGCAGGUGCAACAGGUGAAGCACGAUGUGCUGCGUUGUCUCACCUCACAGCACUCAACAGCGAGUCCAGCGGAUGAGUUGCCUUAUCCAUAUCUGAGAGCGCUGCUUAAAUUCGAUACGCGUGAAACUUUGAAUGUCAUUUCGCUGGCAUUCCAGGAGCGUGAGUUUAGCAAUGAGUUGGGAUAUUCGCAUCGCAAACGCAUCAUCUAUCUGCUGCUCGAAAUUAUGACGCCCGAGAAUGCCACAUGGGCGGAAAUUGGUUGCUUGCUGAACUUUAUUGCCCAGCAAAUCUCAACGCAGUGUCUGCCACGGGAUAAGCAGCUGCUGGAACGCGUACUCAGCUAUCUGGCGCAGGAGGAAAUAGUCAACGAGAGCACACGUCAGCACUCGGAACGCGAGAGCGCCUGGCAUGAGUUGCUCUCGAGCAAUUGCCUCGUCGACAUCAGCAGCGAUGAGGAGCAAUUGGAGCUAGCGCAGCGGGCACGUUGCUACUACGUGGUCGAGUAUCUGCUGGAGAAAAUGCAACGCUUCGACACAAUACUCGACUGCUACAUUAAGAAUCCGGCGCGUCACGAAACCAUGUUCGCCUACAUGGAGCGUCAUGUGGAUGCCAGCGAGCGUUGCAUCUAUGAGCAGCUGUCGCGUCAUUUGGGCGAACUGCUAGAAAUCAAUGCGCAAGAGACAACGCGUCUGAUUGCGCUACACUAUCCGCAGAAGAUCGAGGAUCUGCUGGAGCAACUGAGUUGUCAGCAGCCUUUGCUAUUCCGACUUCUGCAGAGCCUCAAUGAGCGGCAUAGCGAACUGAAGCCUAUGCAAAUAGAGCUGCUGCUGGAGCUCUAUUGUCAGCUAGAGUCACCGGAGGCAGUGCUCGAGUUUCUGCGUGGCAGCAAUGGCUAUCGCCUGGACAAAGCCAUUGAGAUUGUGGAACGGCAUGAGCUGAAGCGUGCCGUCAUCUACCUCUACGAGCAGCAGGAGAGCUAUGCGAAAGCCUUUGAGCUGUCCAUGGAAUUGUUGCGUUCUGCCGACGCCACUGAAGCGCCCAAAGAAGCGAAGCAAUUGGCUGAACUCUUGGCGCGCUCGGCACAAACGCUGCCAGAGCAGCAGCUGGAACGCUGCUGGUUUAGUUUACUGCAAUAUAUCUUACCACAGCAGGAGCUGCAAUCGAUUACCAAGUCAAUGUUGCACGAGGCAUCGCAACAUAUUGAUCUACACAAUUUAGUGCAGCUCAUCAUGAACACACAUAAUGUAUCGAGCAGCUUUGGCGACAUCAAGGAUCUGCUCAUGAGCAUGUUGAUUAACUCUAGGCAGGAAACCGAAGCCCUUCGUUGUGCUGCAGACGUGCUGUGCAAUGAUUUGCACACCGAGUUUGCCGCACAACGUCUUGUGGCACGUCGCGGUGUUUGGGUGACGAGCUUGCGUUGCAUUCUCUGCCGGCAGCGACUCUACGAUCAAACGGAGGUCAUUGUGCUGGGCGCCUGUGGACAUGCGUUGCAUCAACGUUGCCUCAGCGAAGAGGAACAGGCAACUGGUCUUAAGCAAUGUCGACGCUGUGCCGCAAGUCAGCCACAGCAACAGUUGAUGCCAUUAAGCUUACCAUGUCCUAAUCAGCAUAGGCUGAACAAUAGUUCCAGCCAUCAGGAGCUGGGAACGCUGCAGCUAAAGGCGCCGCCGCGACGCUUCUGCUAAGCAAGCAUAUAGUAAUCUAUUUCUGUUGUAUGUACAUAUAUAUAUUCCAUAUGUAAAGCCA